AUGUUUAGUCGACACGCAUUGGAUAAUCCAGCUUUGAUUUUUGAUUGUGGCUCUGGGUUCUGCAAAGUAGGCCUGUCAGGAGAGAUCGGACCCUGUCGUGUCAUCGACUCUGUUGUGGGGUAUCCUAAACUUAACAUGUCUUCUUUAAGAAUCAAUCAGAAGAGGUUUUUCAUAGGAGAACAAGCCCGGCGCAAGUAUGAUAGGCUUUUUUUGCAUUAUCCCAUUGAACGUGGUCAGGUAGCAAGGUGGGAUGAUGCGGAGAACCUCUGGAAUCAUGUGUUUGAAUGGGAGUUAGGCGUAAAAUCCAGCGAACAUCCUGUACUAAUGACUGAGCCCUCCUUAAAUCCAAGAGGUACUCGCCAGAAGAUUGCGGAAAUCAUGUUUGAAAAAUUUUCUGUGCCAGCAUUGUACCUGCUGAACCAUGCGGUGGGUGCUCUCUAUGCUUCUGCCUGUGUCACAGGCCUGGUGAUAGACAUUGGAGAUGGAAUUACUAGCUCGGUUCCUGUCUAUGAGGGCUACUACCUGCCUCAUGCUGUCAACCGGCUCUGUGUGGCAGGGAGGGAUAUCACCGAACAUCUCACCCACCUUCUGGUAACUAGAGACUGUAACUUCCCGUGCAUACUCAAUAAGGCCAUUACAGAUGAUUUGAAAGAGAAAACAUGCUUUGUCCCUUUGGAGCCAGAAAAAGAAAUUUGCAAGAAACAGCAGGAACGGAUCCUGAAACAAUACAGACUUCCUGAUGGGAAUGUCAUCCACAUGGGAGAAAAACUGUGCAAAUUGCCUGAGAUACUUUUCUCACCUAACCUCAUUGGUGACACCAAUCCAGGGCUCUCCCAAAUGCUCUACAACAGCAUCGCAAAAUGCCAAACUGACAUCCAGAAGAACCUCUUUGGAGAGAUUAAGCUUUCUGGAGGCAGCACUUUAUUCCCUGGACUUACAGAAAGGCUCAUGAAGGAUAUACAGCAGCUGUCUCCCCUGGGAACCCUCAUUAAGAUAACAGCUACUCCUGAUAGAAGUUUCUCUACGUGGAUUGGUGCAUCAGUUGUGACCUCUAUGAAUGCCUUUAAGAAGAUGUGGGUUACUUCCUUGGAGUUCAAGGAGUUUGGUGAAUCUGUUAUCCAAAGAAAAUGCUUUUAA